AUGAGCGUCAUCAACAUAGCCUCGGUACCCUUCCUGGCCGUUGGCGUCAUUAUCCUCACCGCAGCGUAUAGGCUUUUCUCAGCAGUCACAUCGCCGCUACGUAGUGUUCCCGGCCCGUGGUACAGUCAUGUCACCUCUAUCGUGCUCAAAUGGCACAUAUUGGCGGGCAGACGCAUCCAUUUUGUCCACUCUUUACACCUAAAAUACGGGCCCGUCGUUCUUGUGUCUCCCGACGAGGUAGCCAUCAGCGAUCUCGAGGCUUUUUCCCAAAUCCACAAGAUCGGAUCCGGAUUCACCAAGUCCAAUUGGUAUGACAAGCUCAGAUCAGGCAGGGAGCCUGGUAUUUUCUUCAUGCGUGAUCCGCAUCAACACGCCGCUCGACGACGGCUCUUUGCUCGUGCCUUUAGCAACAACUCGCUUCUGACGCACUGGGACCCCGAGAUCAGGCAGAAGACCCAGCUCGCCGUGGCCAACAUCAAAAAUGACGCUCAGAAUGGCAGCGCGGAUAUUCUGAAAUGGUGGACCCUGAUGGCAACCGACGUCAUUGCCCAUCUUUCGUUUGGCGAAUCAUUCCGCAUGCUGGAAUUAGGCAAGCAAACCCCGUACAUCGAUGCCAUCCAAGCGGCCCUCCUCUGUGGAGUGGCCCGAAACGAGCUCUCCUGGAUUUUCCCGAUCUUGAGACACCUCCCUUUCAAAGGCAUCCGUGACAUAGUAAAUGCCGACAACGUAGUCUUCGAGCAUGGCGCUAAAGCUGUGCAGAACAUGAGCAGCGCCAGUGACGGACUCAGUACAGCAAACCUGUUUAGCCAGAUGCUCGCUCAGGCGCAGGGCCAGGAAAAGACGGAAAUCAAGGAUUCCACAGUCCGAACAGAAGCAGGGAAUCUCAUUGUUGCCGGGUCCGAUACAACAGCCAUCACUCUGACCUAUCUCGUUUGGGCAGUGCUCAGCCAGCCACGGCUUCAGGCAGCUCUUGAGCUUGAAGUCUGUGGUCUAAGCCCAAGCCUGACCUUUGAUGAGCUGAAGAGCGCUCCGCUCCUGAACAGUGUUAUUGAAGAGACCCUACGGUUGUACGGUGCUGCCCCUGGUGCGCUCCCACGGGUUGUACCCGGAAAGGGACUCUCUGUUCGUGGCUACUUCAUCCCCGCGGGCACAGUCGUUAGUACGCAAGCCUACACACUACAUAGGGACUCUACCGUCUUCCCAGAUGCACACAGGUUUGAUGGCGAAAGAUUUAUGGAUAAAUCACGACUAACAGCAGCCCAAAAGACUGCCAUGUCACCCUUUGGCGCAGGCUCUCGCAUCUGUAUUGGGCUUCAUCUAGCUUGGAUGGAACUGAGGCUUGCCACAGCGCUGUUUUUCCGAGAGUGCCGAGGGGCUAAACUUGAUCCUGGAAUGACAGAUGACAUGAUGGAGAUGGAUAAUCGAUUUUUGAUUGCGCCAAAGGGACACUGUUGCAAGAUUCAGCUGUAG